ACGACUACUGUUGAGUCGAGCGACGGCUCGUCCUCUAAGGCCGGCACUAAAUUGGCGCAGAUUCUGAUCAACUAUAACAAGAUCUCGCAGUCGCCGCCGAUGAACGGCUCGACCGAUUGGUUGAACGGCUUUUACGAUUUGAUGCGAACCGAAUGGACGCGAUUGCGCACAUUUCACGCCCGACAAGACUGGCCGCACAGCUUCAUCACCGCCAAAGAGUUGGCUAACGCGGGUUUCUUCUACACCAUUAAUAAGAAUAAAGUUCAGUGCGCUUUUUGUCGAGGAGUGAUCUCGCACUGGAAAUCAGGAGACCGAGCGCUUAGUGAACACAGCAUUCACUUCCCAUUGUGUCCAUUCAUAAUGGAGAUGGAUGUCGGGAAUGUGCCCAUCGGUAGAGAUCCCAUUCGCGACCCAAAGGCCAGACACGAUGUCUGCGGGAAUAUGAGUUCAUAUGGAAACACGAAUCCAGUGCUGAACUCAAUUUCAAUCAAUAGAAAAGAUAUCGAUAUGAAUGCAUUUACUAUUUAUAUGAGUGAAUUUGGUGUCCAACACCACAACGGACCCAAAAAUCCCGAAUAUAACUCGAUUCACGCCCGAAAGCGUUCUUAUUAUAUCAAUAGUUGGGAUCAAUUUAUUCCCGUAUCAACGGAUAGCUUAGCUGAGGCAGGCUUUUUUGCAGUCGGAAUAAGUGAUUACACGAAGUGUUUCUACUGUGACGGUGGUCUGUCUAAUUGGGAGCCGGGAGACGAGCCGUGGACAGAACACGCCAAAUGGUUUUCCGACUGUCAAUUUGUUGUGCUCAACAAAUCGCAGGCAUUUGUCAAUGAAUGCAAACAAAUGCAAGUCAACCAAAGGCACACGAAUUCACUCAAUGAGAACGAAUCCGAUCCCGAAAUAUACAGCGAUUACGACUCCGACGAAGAAUCGGUGAACGCGUUGGGCAUCCGUGCCGUCAAUGAAUGGAUGAAUACUGAAAUUGUGCUCCAAAUUAUGGACAUUAAUGUGGGAACCGUUGAUCAGGUUAAGGCUGUGCUCAACAAAAGAUGGUACGAUGUGAAACAGCCGUAUACUUCGUUUGCUCAGCUCUACGAUGCGAUAGGAGUAGUGUUCCUCCCGUGUGGCCAUCAGUUGGCGUGUACUCAAUGCGCCCCCUGUGUGACCGACUGCCCCAUUUGUCGCAAAGUCAUUCGAGGGACAGUUAAGACUUUCUUCUCA